CGACUAUUGUCUGCCUGUCUUACGAAAGUCUGUGAAACUCUUUUCAAGUUUUGUUGAAAAUAAAAGCACUUUUUAAAAAAGUCAAUCGUGGAGCCGGGGGUUGUAAGAGUGGUUAGUGAUAAUAGGUGUCCCGCCUUAGAAAACUGAGGAUGCCAAAAAGAUAUCCCCAAGUGACUCUCAAACGAGCAGAAGACUCGUUGAGGAAAAUCCCCCAAGUGUCAUUGCUCCCGGCUCCUGACGGGGUGGGCUCCUUGGAUCUAGUGUCUGGGGUGUUAAGUAGGGUUCCUGUCACUUCUCCCGAGAUGUUAAGAUCCGGAAACUUGUUAGGUUUCCUUUUUCCUAAUAGUACACUUAUAAGUUCCCUUCGGUUAUUCUUAUUCCGAGAUCCCUUUCUAGCCUCUUUCAGAUUUUAUUUUUUAAAGUCCAACUUAACAACCACUAUCUCUGCCCCUUCCCAGUGCUCUGCCGCUCCUCUGUUCCUAUUCGGGGCGGGGAGUGCUUUUCAGGGUUGUGGGAUCCAUAGGCCAUCUUGUGGCUGUCUAAACAACAUUUCCUUGUAUGUGGAUGGAGUAAGAGGCUUGUGAUCCCCGCUUCCCGCCCAGCUCCCCCCACCCCCCAUCACCACAUUUUUUAAAGCGUGAGCAGAGUAAGACGUUUGGAAACAAGUCGUAACCGGGAGAGCGUUCAAAAGCCCUUUGACAAUAGGAAAUGAGUAACGUGGAAGAGUCUUUUUGUUAUUCCAAGUAGAGCCACAGUCCGGAGGGAGAGUUUUAGUGGAAACAGCCCUGACAGCAGCAAACGUGGUUUGCUGUAGUGAAAUACCAGCUGGGGCAGCCAAGGGACUGAAGUCUUAACUUCCUGUUCCUUCAGCUUUGUUAAGACGUCCGGAGGCCUGGCACUCAUUGAUUCUAGUGAACGGAGAGCAGAGUAUUGCUUAACUGGUAUCUACCUUCUGUCACUCGCCUGUUUUGAGAGUGACGGCUUAUUGUCAAACUAAGUAAGCAGAUCAAAGGACACACUUUAGGGGUUUUUUGUUUGUUUCAAACUAUUUGUGAUUAUCAGUUUACAGUUGGGAAUUCACUGUUCAGUGUGCAGAUUUUAAUUUCUUAAGGAUUUUUUGGUCAAUACUUCUUCACCCAAAUUUUAACAUGGGUUUUUAAAGGUUUUCAUCUGCUCAACAGUGAAAAGCACUUUCAGUUUUAAUUUUGCCUCCUUUUUUUGAAACUUUUUUUUUUAAGCAGUUUAAUGAAAUCUUCUGGGGAAAGAGACAUCAGAUAUGUGGCAGCGGUUAAAAUUUAGGAUUCUGGGGCCUUUUACUGAUGGCUGUUUGUUCAUGAAGCCUUGAGCUGAAGUGAAUUUGCAAGAUCAUCCUCCUCUUUUGUUAGAACUUGCUUUACUUUGUCUUUGGAAGUUUCUGCGUUUUCUGCGGACACUCCCUCCGGCACCUUCUGCCCCCUGCUGUCCAAAGCUGAAAAUGUGUCAGCAAGUAGAGUUAGAUUCAGUUAACUCGUGAUGCAUCAAAUGCUUUAAAAGGAAGGGGUUUUGGAAAAAUUCCUUUAAAAGCCAUUGAAUGGUUUAUCACUCUGAGGAAUAUUCUGUUUUUAUUUCCUACCAAGGUAAACUACUUGAGGUUCUGUCAACAACCUUAAUGAGAAUGCCUACCUUUACAUUUCAUACUACUUUAAUUUCUUUUACAUAGAAAUACUGGUUUUUAGAGCAUAUGCUUCAAAAACAAGAAUUCAUUUUCUUUAGUCAGAGUAGCCUUUUGUAGUUUUGAAAGGGGGCAAGUUAAAGUUCAAAAUUUGGGGGCAGUUUCUUGGUUAAGACUCCAAGCUUCCAAUGCAGGGGGUUCAGGUUCUGUUCCUGGUUGGGGGAACUAAGACCCCAUAUGCCUCGAGGCAGAGCCAGGAAAAAAAAAAGUCAAAUUUAUCUUUAAAUGUCUGAAAGGGCCAAGUUUGAAUUUUUGUGGAACUCAGUCUAAGUGUGAUUUAAAUAUUCUCUAUGGUGUGUGAAUUUUUAAAAUUUCUGGUAGGAUUAAAGUGCCUGUAAACAAAAGAGUUUCCUUUGGGAGUUGCAUAUUCAAGUUUUCUUUGUCAUGUAAUGAUUUAAAGCGGAAUCCUACUUAUUGAUAUGUAGAAUUCUAGGUUCAGAUUAAGCUGGCAAUUGCAAUUUAUAGAAAUUUAAAAAUUUACUCAGUAUUAGGCAUCUUUUGAGGUCUUACAUAAGUACUAGAAGUAGAAAAAGCUUUUUAUGCAAUGAAACUGAAAGCAUCAGUGGUUGUUUGUAUUUAGUAAAAAGUGACUAGUGCUGUCCAUUAAAAGUAGGUGUCUAGUUUUGAAUAAAAGGAAGUAGCAGUGAGAAGGAAAAGGAACUGGCAGAAGAUUCUGGCAUGCAUUUUAUCUUUCGAAUACUAACUGGGUUAAAAGUGUAAUUUUCCUUUCUUGUAUCAGUGGGAAAAAAAUCUUCCAUUUUAUUUCAAAACCUGCAGUGGAAGAGGGAGGAAGAACAGCGCUUGAAACAUGCAUUAAGAUACUGGCUGGCUUGUUUUUCCCAGUUAGCAAUGACCUCACCGAGGAGGUUGUCAGACACAUCCCGUCUGCUGUGCCACCUUUCCUGUUUCACACGUGGCACGCUAUUCGCCUUGGGUGCAGCUUUGUCUCGUUUGUUGGAUUAGACUUUUCUGAGCUUCACUCAAAAAGAAUGUGUUGUGGCCGCGUCGGGCAGUGAGACUGAAGAUGAUGACAGCAUGGACAGUCCCCUCGACCUCUCCUCUUCUGCCGGCUCAGGCAAGAGAAGGCGGCGGGGCAACCUGCCCAAGGAGUCCGUUCAGAUUCUCCGCGAUUGGCUGUAUGAACACCGAUACAACGCCUACCCCUCAGAGCAAGAAAAAGCGUUACUGUCCCAGCAAACACACUUAUCUACACUACAGGUCUGUAACUGGUUUAUCAACGCCCGGCGCAGGCUUCUCCCCGACAUGCUGAGAAAGGAUGGCAAAGAUCCAAAUCGGUUCACAAUUUCCCGCCGUGGGGCCAAGAUGACUGAAGCCAGCUCUGUGGAGUCAGCAGUGAGCAUUAGGAACCUCAUGCCAGCUCUAGAGGAGAGCCCGUUUCACUCUUGUACAGCUGGGCCCAACCCAGGCCUGGGGAGGCCACUGUCUCCUAAGCCGUCCUCCCCGGGAUCCAUUUUGGCUCGUCCAUCAGUGAUCUGUCAUACCACGGUGACUGCAUUGAAAGAUGUGCCUUUCUCUCUCUGCCAGUCAGUUGGUGUGGGACAAAACACAGAUACACAGCAGAUGGCAAACAGCAGCUUUACAGACACCUCCCUCAUGUACGCAGAGGACUCCUGUAAGUCUGGACCAAGCGCAAACACACAGAGUGGCCUUUUCAACACUCCUCCCCCCACUCCACCGGACCUCAACCAAGAUUUCAGUGGAUUUCAGCUUCUGGUAGAUGUUGCACUCAAACAGGCUGCAGAGAUGGAGCUUCAGGCAAAACUUAUGGCUUAACCCCUUUUUUUUCCCCAAGCAAAAGAGUUCUCAAAAACAAAUGUUAUGAUUGCUGGGAUGAUAGCAAAAGAUGAAUUUGCAUUAUUUUAUAUAUUUUUUUAUUAAUAUUUGCACAUGGGAUUGCUAAAAAUGAAGCUUCCUGUUACUGAAAUGUCAUCAAUGGAAUACAGUCAUUCCAAGAACUAUAAACUCAGAGCUACUGUAGAAACAAAGGGUUUUCUUUUUUUAAUGUUUCUUGGUAGAUUAUUCAUAAUGUGAGAUGGUUCCCAAGAUCAUGUGAUUUUUUUUUUUUCCCCCCUUCCCUUCCCUUUUUUUUUUCGUUGGUGUUUUUUUCAGACUGUGCAAUACUUAGAGAACCUAUAGCAUCUUCUCAUUCCCAUGUGGAACAGGAUGCCCACAUACUGUCUAAUUAAUAAAUUUUCAAUUGUUUUUUCAAACAAGUAUGAAUCUAGUUGAUUGAUGCAUUUUUUUCAUGACAUAAUAAAGUAUUUUCUUUAAAAA